GCCGAAGAUGGCGCCUCCCAAACCAGCUACAUUGUCUCUCUCGUCGUCAUCGCCUGCGUCCUCUCGACAUUAGCGGUCAUUCUGCGCGUCUUUACUCGCGCUCGCAUUCUUCACACGUUUGGCGCCGACGAUGCCGUCAUGGUCUUUGCGCAGGUCCUCACUCUUGGCUCUGCCGCCGCCAUUCUUGCUGAAAGCGCCUUCGGGAUGGGACAUCACUUCUGGGUCAUGCCUGCUGAGAACCUUAUACCUUAUAUGAAGUCUUUUUACGCCUCGAUCAUCCUGUACAACGUUGCAAUCUGCAUCGUCAAGAUAUCCAUCCUGCUUCAAUUCCGCCGCAUCUUCACCUACGUCCUCAUGCAGAAGCUGACACUGAUCGGUCUGAUCUUCGAGGGGAUGUGGGCAACGACCCUGGCCAUCCUCCUCCCUCUCUCCUGCGUUCCCGUCGAGGCCUUCUGGGACACGAGCGUCCCGGGCAGGUGUGUUAACGAGCUCACCCUCUGGUACUUUAUGGCCGCCAUCAAUCUCCUCACGGAUCUGCUCGUCUUCACGAUGCCCCUGCCCGUGAUCAGGAGCCUUCGCCUGCCGCAGAAGCAGAAGAUUAUGUUGACGGGCGUCUUUUGUCUCGGCUUCUUCACCUGUAUCAUCUCCAUCUAUCGCAUCACAACCCUCAAGGCCGCCGGAAGCUCCACGGACCCGACCUGGGAUAACACGGACGCGGCUAUCUGGUCCCUGCUCGAGCUCUGUAUAGGCGUACUGGCAGCCUGUCUACCAACGCUGAAACCACUCAUCGCGCUGGUCCUUCCACGUCUCUUCAAAUCGACAACCAGCGCCGGUGGU